CUUGCUCUCUCUCUUGCACAUUGCGCAUGCUACUAACGACCUAUUUAAGGCACUGCUGGAACUACAGGAUAUUACAGGCAGAUUGUUGAAGGCGGUGACACGCACAUUUAUUGGACCUUCCAGGGAGGCCCAAUAACCAUUGGAGGCGGGCACAAAUCCGGAGCGAAGGUUAGGUUGACCAAUAAACUCUUCAAGCGAAACUGACAAGACUCUGACAACGUGAAAGCUGUUAGUGCCAGCAUGUCAUCAGAUAAAACCUCGGACAAGGUUUACGGCGUGGUCAUCAUUGGGGCCGGAAUAGCUGGACUUACUGUUGCGGAGACCCUCACAGCAGCGGGCUUUGAGGACUUCAUAAUUCUGGAAGCUAGUGACAGGAUCGGCGGCAGAUGUCAUACUGAGGACUUCGGAAGCUCAUUUGUAGAACUUGGUGCCAACUGGAUCCAUGGGACCACUUCAGAGAACUCCAUCAUGGUACUGGCAGAAGAGAAUGAUUUGGCAAACAAACAAGAGCUGAUGAACUGGUCCAAAGGACGUUUUUACAGGAGUGAUGGUCGCAAAAUUGAUGAGAAUCUUGGUGCCAAGGUCUGGGAGUUCUGUAUGGAGAUAGAUGCAGAGGCCCAAAGAAUGCACUGCUGUCCUAGUAAACAAGACAAAGCCAUUUAUACCGUGGAAGAUUUUUAUGUUGACAGAUUACCAGAAUUCCUCGAAAAAUUCCCCAUGUCUGAGCGAGAAGAUGUUACGGUCAUUUUUUAUUGGUUUUUUAAUUACCAAAGGCUAAAUUUCGGUUGGGAUAUUGCCAAUGUACCCUUCGAAUCAUACAUAAAGCACAAAGAAAUAGACGGAGGGGAUGCUUUUAUGCCAAAGGGUGCAAGGUCCUUGAUAAGUGCCAUCGCAUCUCGCUUUCGAAGUAAAGAGCGGAUAAAAGUCGGCGCGGAAGUGGUCACUGUCAACUGGGAAGACGGUGGAGUUAAAAUCAGGUGCUCUAGUGGUGACACCUAUCGGGCAAAAUGUGCUGUCGUUACGGUGUCGCUAGGAUACUUGAAAGAACACCACCAGAACUUUUUUGAUCCACCUCUUUCGCACGAAAAAUACCUUGCAAUAGAUAGAAUAGAGUUUGGUGUUGUUGAUAAAAUAUUCCUCGAGUACGAUCCGCCGUUUUGGUCAGACGGCACUGCGUUAGAGAGCGUAAGGCUUGCCUGGGACAACAAAGAGUUUGUCAUCACAGACCCUAAAUCACAGUGGUUCAAGAGAAUAUUUUCCAUUGAUGUUGUACGGUUCAACCCCAACUGUCUGUAUGCUUGGAUCCCAUGCCACGAGGGCCUCCAGGCGGAGACUGUUCCAGAUGAAGAGAUCUCUGAAACCUUCACCAUGGUGAUGCGUCAGUUCCUCGGUGAUCCUACCAUCCCUUACCCGUGCAAAGUCAUCCGGUCCACCUGGGGCACCAACAAGUACACCUUGGGGUCAUAUUCAUGCAUGGGAUUGCGGUCAAAUGCCAACCACUUCAACGUUUUAGCUGAGCCCAUUGAAGACAGCAAUGGUCAACCGAGGGUUCUUUUCGCCGGCGAGGCAACUCACGCUGCAUACAAUGGGACAAUGCACGGUGCACGCGAGUCUGGUGUACGUGAGGCAACCAGGCUGUUAAGACAGUUUGGAAUGGAUCCUUCCACUCGAGAACAAGUGAUUGCUUUAUCAGAGACCCAGUAGUCCAAAUCAAGCAUAUUCAAACCAUGAAAUAGGUAUGCCUCGUCAUGUAAAUAAUAAAAUCGGCUGUAAAAUGGUCCGAUAUUUCAUGUUGAUUUCGGCACUAAAUUGAAUACGCAUACCUGCCUCUAACUGAAUAACAUUUAAAAUAUUUUGUCAUAGCGGUCCUUCUUUCAGGACAGGGGACUGCAUUAAUUAUAUAAGGCCUAUAACAAUUUUAUCAAUUACUUUACUAUUUUAUACACUGAGUUUUUAUUAUAUCAGUUUUACUAAUCCCAUGUACCAAUAUAUGUCUUUGUUUUUAAUUCUAUUUUCCUUUUUGAAGCACUUCUUUGACUGUCAAAUGUUUCCAUGAAACAGAGCAAAUGAUUAUACCUCGGAUACUAGCUAAGAAAGCUCAGUCACGGGUAAGGCAACAUUUUAUACAUGUAUAAUCAUUAACUUGCCGUCAUAUUAUACACUGCCCAGGAAACACAUAACGUUACAUGAUAACGUACCCGUAACAUUUUAAAACGCUCUGUGUUUGCUGGAUGCGGACUUCUAAUAAUCAAGAAGCCAUUUUAAUCAAUAUUUUG